AUGAGCCAUAAGUAUCCGGAAGAGCGGAGUGGGGAAGUGGAUGACGAAUGCUCUGUUGCUCCAGUUUCUCAGAGGACUAGGCAGAAUAACGGUUCAGUGCCUGGAGAACCUCCUUUACGUCGACCCUGGAGGCCAUGUCAGAUGCUCAGUCCAGAUGGAGAGUUGAAUCCGCAUCAUCAUCACCAUCAUCAAACUCAUCAUCAUCAUCAUCAUCACCAACCUGCAGGCCGUGGUGGUCCACACCGUCAACGCCGGCGUCCACCAUCAGAUCAGGCCCAAGGCCAAAGUCAGGCUAAUUUUCCCAGUUCUGCCUCAGAACCAAUUCUUUCCAGUGAAAGUCAAGCCACAAAACCACGUCCUGUCCCACAGCUCCGGCCUGCUGUCACCCGUUACCGCCGUCGUGGUGACCCAAAUCCAAGACUCAAAGGGCAAAGACAGAAGCCACUAAACAAAGAGAUACAAGAAUCUAAGGAAUCAGCACUUGCAGAGCACAGAGAAGGUCAUGGAGAAAUUAGAAAUCAGCAAAAGAAUACAGAACAACUCCAGGACAGAACGUCUUCUCCCCAAACUCCUGUUGCUUCGAUCAACACAACGGACCACUCACCUGGACCAGCGAGUCAUGACCUUCAAUUAGAGAUCCAAGAAAAUGAUGUGGUCUGUAAAGAAAAUAUGAAAGAAGUUAUGGAGAAUAAAGAACAUGGACCAGUUGGCCAUUUGGAAGAUCAUUACUCGGCUAAAGAUCACUCUUGUUGCGCGCAUGAUGACACGCAGGCGGUUCAAGAUGGAUCAGAGGUAUGUGCAGCCAAGGAGGUGGAAAAUCAUGAGGAAGAGCUGGAUGGUGAUGUUUUGGAAGUUGAAGCUCAGGGGAGUGAAAUCACAGAUCUCUGCUCAGACACAGAAAGUGCAGCCUCUCUGAGUAAUGAUGGACCUCUUCAUAGCCCACCGCCACUCCAGUCCCCUACCCCACCAUCGUCCCCCGACACACCGCUUUUUCCUCAUCUGGACCACUUUGGUGAGGAAACCAGUAUGAGCCCUCUGCCUGACAAUGACAUGCUGCCUGAAGACGAAGACGACUGCGCCGAAUCAACCUUGGAAUAUUACCCUAAAACCUAUGCAGACUUUUAUACAGAGUCCCACCAAAAGUCCUUUGUGGAGCCGGUAGAAAAUUCUGAGACAAAAUCCCAUCCCAAAUCUUUUCCAGAACCUCUUAAGACAUCCUAUUCAGAAGCACUCAGAGAUACUUGCAUGCAGUCUCAUCAGAAGUCUGAGCCGAAUGAAACCCAGCAAGGGUUCCACCAUAAACCAUUUACCAGCCAUAGACAGGAGGAUUUCCAAAAAUCCUCUCCUAUGAAGGGACCCCAUCACGUACCAAAGCGGGGCAAAGACCGAGGUUACCAUCCAUCUCAAGUGGAUAGCUCUGUCGGCUGCCGACUACACCACUAUGAUGGUCAGUCUGACGGAGAGGGGGGUAGUGCUAAUCAAAGCCCCAUUCAGAAAAGUUUGAGGCAUGUACCUCGACAAGCAGAUGCACAGACGAAAAAUUCAUCAUCUGUCCAGAGGGUCUUAGAAGAGACCAAAGAUGAGGUUUGCCUCUCAGCAGAGGAAUGUACAAAAGUCCCAGGCGACGCCAUCAGCUUAGUAAUUAAAGACAUAAGGGAGGCCAUCGAAGAGGUUAAGACCAAGACGAUAAGGUCCCCCUACACACCCGACCAGCCUGUAGAGCCCAUUUGGGUAAUGAGACAGGAAAUCAGCCCUAUAGAGGAAGUCGAUCCACUGCAAAUGAUGACAGGCCAUUCUAUUUCCAGAUCUCCAUCCCAACACGGAUCCGUGUCAGAUCAGGAAUCUGGCAGUCCACUGAAUAUCGAGUCAUCUAGAUCGCUCCAUUCUCAACAAUAUCAAGAGCAUCAGUCCGAAGGACGUCACAUGAGAGGGGAUGCCAUCACGCAACCGCAAUUAUAUGUGCAACCUAAUCAAACACAACCACAGCAUCCUCCUCAGCAGCCAAGGCAUCAAGUUCAACCAGCUCCACAGCAGCCACCUGUGCAAGAGAUUCGCAGAUCUCUCCCGUCAUUUCCCACAUUUGUUGAUGUCCCAGGUCCAUGUGACCCUGAUGAUCUUAUUGACGGCAUCAUCUUUGCCGCAACCUACCUGGGCUGCACACAUCUGCUGUCAGAGCGGACACCCACAAAGAGUGCCCGCAUGCAACAAGCGCAAGAAGCCAUGAAUAGAGUGCAGGCAGCUCAGAAGCAAGCAAAGAACAGGAAAAAUAGUCCUGACAGUGAGAGUGCUCCAUGUACCGCUGAGGUAGAUCUAUUCAUGUCCACACAAAGAAUCAAAGUCCUCAAUGCAGAUACUCAGGAGUCCUUAAUGGAUUUGCCGCUGAGGACCAUCUCAUACAUAGCCGACAUUGGCAACAUGGUGGUCCUGAUGGCCAGAGGGAAGAUGGUCCGUUCCCGUAGUGCGCAAGAAAACUUGGAGCACACAGCUGAGCAAACCACCAUGUCCAAUGAUGACAGACGGCUCUACAGGAUGAUCUGUCAUGUUUUUGAGUCGGAAGAUGCCCAGCUGAUUGCGCAGUCCAUUGGUCAGUCCUUCAGUGUGGCCUAUCAGGAAUUCCUCAGGGCCAACGGCAUCGACCCCGAGGAUCUGAGCCAGAGGGAGUAUAGCGACCUACUCAACACUCAGGACAUGUACAACGAUGACCUCAUCCACUUCUCCAAGUCUGAGAACUGUAGAGAUGUUUACAUUGAGAAGCAGAAGGGGGAGAUAUUGGGUGUGGUGAUAGUGGAAUCAGGCUGGGGAUCCAUCCUCCCGACAGUCAUUAUAGCCAGUAUGAUGCACGCCGGUCCCGCUGAGAAAUCCGGUCGACUCAACAUCGGUGAUCAAAUAAUGACUGUCAACGGCACCAGCCUAGUGGGUUUACCGCUUAGCACCUGCCAGAGCAUCAUCAAGGGGCUUAAGUCUCAGUGCAGGAUCAAGAUGAACAUUGUCCGGUGCCCUCCUGUUACCAUGGUGCUCAUUCGCAGGCCAGACCUCAGAUAUCAACUGGGCUUUAGUGUCCAGAACGGCAUUAUCUGCAGCUUAAUGAGGGGAGGAAUCGCAGAGAGGGGCGGUGUUCGCGUUGGCCAUCGCAUCAUCGAGAUCAACGGACAGAGUGUCGUGGCGACACCUCACGAGAGGAUUGUUCAGAUCCUAUCAAACGCCAUGGGGGAGAUCCAUAUGAAGACGAUGCCUGCAGCCAUGUACCGCCUACUUACAGCACAGGAGCAACCUGUCUACUUAUGA